GGCUAUAAGCGAGCUGGCUCUCUUUCCGACCGCAUUGCAACAAAGUUUACAGUGAUACAAAAAUACCGCGAGCGCUUCUGUGCAAUUUAAACGCUUUAGUCGCGCGUGAGGUUCAUAAUCCGGUUCGUAAUCCGGUAGCAUUCUGAUGUAGUUUCCAUGCAGUCGGUUUAAGUUGUCGGAAUAGAUCGAAGUGCAAAUGGGAAAAAAACUGCCAGUGGAUUUGUGUCCUUAACGGUGGAAUUCGAAUUUAGAAAGGUUUUAGAUUAUUAUUAUUAUUAUUAUUAUUAUUAUUAUUAUUAUUAUUAUUAUUAUUAUUAUUAGUUUUUAGUGGUAUAGUAUGAUAUAGGGCUUUUUCCACAUUUCUUCUGUUUAUCCAGUUUUUCUGGUAAGUCAGUAGAUUUUUUUUGCCUUUGCUUUUGUAUAAACGUGAUCAAAUCCUCUUAGGGGUUUUUCUGGGGUUCCCCUUUGGCUUGUGUGUGUGUUUUCUUCUCAAAACGGUUGUAUCACUGCUGAUUUGGUUGGUUAUUGCGGGUGAAGAUCUACAUUUAUCUUAAAAACAACAACAACAAAAAAAACCUGUUUGUGAAAACAUGCCAAAGAGUCGAGCAGGCGUCCACAAGCUCCUUCUGUCUCGCCCCCAAACCCCCAAGCUGUCCUAUGGUUAUAACUCCAACAUGAAUGUGGGCAGAAGUGGAUACAAGGUCUUCUGUGCCAACAACAUCUCAGAAUGCAACAUGUUGGCCGACAAGAUCACUGAGCGUCUCGGUGUGGACUUGGGGAAGUCACAAGUGUUUGAGGGAGAUGAUCACGAGACCAGGGUGGAGGUGAUGGAGUCGGUGAGAGGACAGGACAUCUUCAUCAUCCAGACCGUACGCAGGGACGUGAACUCCGCCAUCAUGGAGCUGCUGGUGAUGGCGUACGCACUGAAGACGUCCUGCGCCAAGAACAUCAUCGGCGUCCUCCCGUAUUUCCCCUACAGCAAACAGUGCAAGAUGAGGAAGAGAGGAUCCAUCGUCUGCAAGCUGCUAGCAUCCAUGCUGGCUAAAGCGGGUUUGACUCACAUCAUCACCAUGGAUCUACACCAGAAAGAGAUCCAGGGUUUCUUCAGUAUUCCUGUGGAUAACCUGCGAGCUUCACCUUUUCUAUUGCAGUACAUCCAGGAGGAGAUCCCCGACUUCAGAAACGCUGUCAUUGUGGCAAAGUCACCGUCAGCUGCCAAAAGAGCUCAGUCAUACGCCGAGCGCCUGAGACUGGGUCUUGCAGUAAUCCACGGUGAAGCUCAGUCCGAGUCUGAUCUGGCUGACGGUCGACACUCACCUCCGGCGAUCAGACCCUCGUGUGGACCUCCGGGCCUCGAGCUGCCGUGGAAAUACCGAGCUCCGUUCCCUGGCAUCGAGCUUCCAAUGAUGAUGGCUAAGGAGAAGCCGCCCAUCACCUUGGUGGGAGACGUCGGGGGUCGAAUCGCCAUCAUUAUUGAUGACAUCAUCGAUGACGUGGAGGAUUUUGUAGCUGCGGCGGAGAUCCUGAAGGAGAGAGGAGCGUAUAAGAUCUACGUCAUGGCAACUCACGGUUUGCUCUCGGCCGACGCCCCGCGCCUCAUCGAGGAGUCGCUUAUAGACGAGGUGGUGGUGACCAACACCGUCCCCCAUGAGCUCCAGAAGCUUCAGUGUCCCAAGAUCAAGACGGUGGACGUCAGUAUGAUCCUGGCCGAAGCCAUCCGCCGCACCCAUAACGGAGAAUCCAUGGCGUACCUGUUCCGCAACAUCACCGUGGAUGACUAACGGCACGAGAACGAGCACAACGAGUCUUCACGCUGAUCCAGGACCAGUCUGGGUGCUUUCCCUGUGGUGCUGGUGGCUUAUCUUAUGGUUUCAGUGGGUCUGGUUUUAUCGAAAGAAUAAAUAAAUAAAUAAAUAAAUGAAA